UUAGAGGGACUUGGCUCUCCUCUUAGUGUGCUCCACAUCUCUGCCAAACCUCUCUCUGUCUCUGCUUCUCUUAUUUUUCUCUGUAAAACUACUUCUUAGAAGUAACUAGACCAGCCAUGUCAUCCAGAACAAUGAGCGUAAAGACAACCAGGACCAGCUAUGGUGGGGGUGGAAGUUUUGGCGGUGGAAGUUUUGGCGGUGGCCGUGCCUCAGGUGGCUUUUCCUCAAGAUCUGCUAUUUCCUUUAGACCAAUUCAAGCUUCCACAGCAAGCAUGUCAAGGUCAGGUUUUAGCAGUGGUAGUGUUUCUUUUGGCAGUGGUGGUGGUGGAGGAUAUGGCAGUGGUGCAGGUUUUGGAGGUGGUGCUGGAUAUGGCGGUGGUGCUGGAUUUGGCGGUGGUGCUGGAGGAUUUGGCGGCGGUGGAUUUGGUGGUGCUGGAGGUAUGGGUGGUGGCUUCGCACCUGCUACCAUCACAAAUGUGCAGUUCAACCAGAGCCUGCUAUCUCCCCUGAACCUUGAGAUCGACCCCACUAUCCAGACUGUCCGGACCCAGGAAAAAGAGCAGAUUAAGACUCUUAACAACCGCUUCGCCAGCUUUAUUGAUAAGGUCCGCUUCCUGGAGCAGCAGAACAAGAUGCUGGAGACCAAAUGGAGCCUUCUGCAGGAUCAGACCACCAGUCGCUCUAACAUCGACAGCAUGUUUGAGACCUACAUUGGAAACCUACGCAGACAGCUGGAUGGGCUCGGAAACGAGAAGGUCAAGCUGGAAGGAGAGCUGAGGAACAUGCAGAACCUGGUGGAGGACUUCAAGAACAAAUAUGAGGAUGAAAUCAACAAGCGUGCAGCUGUGGAGAAUGAAUUUGUGCUCCUCAAGAAAGAUGUAGAUGGUGCCUACAUGAACAAAAUUGAGUUGGAGGCUAAGGUUGAUGCUCUUCAGGAUGAGAUUAACUUCCUCAGAGCUCUCUAUGAAAUGGAACUCAAUGAGCUUCAAGGACAGGUCAAGGACACCUCAGUAAUUGUGGAGAUGGACAACAGCCGCACAUUGGACAUGGAUGCUAUUGUGGCUGAAGUCAGGGCACAGUAUGAGGAGAUUGCCAACAACAGCCGAGCUGAGGCUGAGAAGUGGUACCAGCAGAAGUUCCAAGAAAUGCAGAGCAGUGCAACACAAGCUGGGGAUGAACUUCGCAACACAAAGAGCGAGAUUGCUGAUCUUAACCGCAUGAUCAGCCGACUCCAGAAUGAGAUUGAGGCAGUCAAAGGACAGCGAGCCAACCUUGAGGCUCAGAUUGCUGAGGCUGAGGAACGUGGUGAGUUGGCGGUAAAGGAUGCCAAGGCCCGCAUCAAGGACCUUGAAGCUGCACUGCAGAGUGCCAAGCAAGACAUGGCUGCCCAGGUCCGUGAGUAUCAGGAGCUCAUGAACAUCAAACUGGCUCUGGACAUUGAGAUUGCCACCUACAGGAAGCUUCUAGAAGGAGAGGAAUCCAGAAUCGGCUCUGGAGGCGGAAGCGCAACCGUUCAUGUACAGUCCUCAAGCAGCAGCUUCGGUGGUGGCUCAGGAGGCGGCAUGGGCGGCGGCUUUGGUUCAGGAAUGGGAAUGGGAAUGGGAGGUGGUGGAGGAUUUAGCGGUGGAUAUGGUGGCAGCAUGAGCUCCAUGAGCAUGGGAGGAGGCGGCGUCAUCAGCACAAAAAGCAGCACCAGGCUCUCUUCCUCCCGGAUCCGAUAUUAAAAGUUCUGGUCUCCAUUGUUCUUCCCUUGUUCUGUACCCUUUAAUUCUCCCUUAUGACCCACACUCUCCCCUUUUCCCUCACAGAGUCAUCUAAGAAAUGUGCUUAUUACAACCAAUGCAUUGACAUAUAAAAAUUUGGAGCUAGCAAACCAAUACAAGUUAAGACAGAGAGCUUGUAAAACCAUAGACAAAGAGAUGCAGAGAUGUGAGUAAGCCCUGUCUUCUUUUCAUCAGUCAGCCUGGCUGUCUUCUGGUUGCCGGAUAGGUUGUUGUACAGACAAGAGAAUACUUGUAGUGUUAUAGCAACAUAUCCUAACAGCGCAACUACUGCUGCACAAAAACAGAAAACAAAGACUAGCUUUGUACUUGAUGAGUAGAGAGGUUUACUAAUCCUAAAUCUAAGGCUCACACCUCAUACUCCUUGUAUCUUCUGAUGUCUCAAACAAGUCCUUCUGCGCAGCCUGGCGUCUUCAAAAGCAGCCACAUGUAAUACACCAGUUGAUUUAUUUUAAGAAUCCUUUUUUUUUACUUUUCUAUCUAAAGUUUCUAUUCACGUAUGAAUAUGUCAUGAGAUCUCCAAUGUUAUAAUUACAUGGUGUCUGUGAUCAUGCUUCACCUACAUUUCCACAUUUAACAACUGUAAAGUGUAAUUGCAUAAGGCUGACUGCAACUACCAGAUUUAUUAUGGAGUGUACCAACAAAAAGCUACAAUAAAUCUGAACUCAUAUUCCAUCUAC